UCUGCCGCCGCCUUCCCCCCUCGACGGCGCAUGCGCAGAGGCGCCUCCCGAGCGCCCUGACAGCCGCGGCAGGCGAGCCAGGCGGCCAGCAAAAGCCAGGCGCGGGGCCGGCAUGGAGGGCCAGGGGUCCGGCGGCGAGGACCCGCCGGGGAAGGGGACCCCGAGGCGCGGCGGCGGUGGCGGCCGCCCGGUGGAGGAGGACAGUAAGAAUAAGCCCAAGCUGAACCUUCAGAUAAAAACUUUGGCAGAUGAUGUGCGUGACAGACUAGCUAGUUUUAGGAAAUCCGGUGUCAAAAAGGAAAGACUUCUCAUUCAGCACCCCAUUGAUUCACAGGCAUCUAUAAAUGAAUUGCCAGUUGCUCAGCCACUGUUUGAUGAACGUUCAAUGAAUUUAUCUGAAAAGGAAGUUAUGGACCUGUUUGAAAAAAUGAUGGAAGACAUGAAUCUAAAUGAAGAACGAAAAGCUCCUUUACGGAAUAAAGAUUUGACCACAAAACGUGAAAUGGUUGUCCAGUACAUUUCUGCAACUGCCAAAUCUAUAACUGGAAGUAAAGUUCCGGGAGGCCUGAAAAACAGUAAACAUGAGUGCACGCUGUCAUCUCAGGAAUAUGUCCACGAACUGCGAUCCGGUAUCUCAGAGGAAAAACUUCUCAACUGCUUAGAGUCUCUGAGGGUGUCUCUGACAAGCAAUCCAGUAAGUUGGGUUAACAAUUUUGGUCAUGAAGGCCUUGGGCUUCUCUUGGAUGUCCUUGAAAAACUCCUUGAUAAGAGACAGCAAGAAAGUAUUGACAAGAAGAAUCAACAUAAGCUUAUACAGUGCCUCAAAGCGUUUAUGAAUAAUAAGUAUGGACUAGAAAGAAUACUAGGAGAUGAGCGAAGUCUUCUCCUACUUGCCAGAGCAAUUGAUCCAAAACAACCAAACAUAAUGACUGAGACAGUGAAAAUACUUUCUGCCAUUUGUAUCGUUGGAGAAGAUAACAUGCUGGACAAAAUUUUAGGAGCUAUAACAAGUGCAGCUGAGAGAAAUAAUGGAGAACGAUUUGCUAACAUAGUAGAGGGGCUUGAAAAUCAUGAAGCUCUGCAGUUACAGGUUGCCUGCAUGCAGUUCAUAAAUGCCCUUGUCACUUCUCCAGAAGAGCUUGAUUUUAGGGUACACUUGAGAAAUGAAUUCCUGCGCUGUGGGCUAAAGAAAAUAUUACCAGACCUAAAAGAGAAGGAGAAUGAGGAACUUGAUAUUCAGUUAAAAGUAUUCGAUGAAAACAAAGAGGAAGACUUAAUUGAAUUGGCCCAUCGUCUCAAUGACAUCAAGGUGGAAAUGGACGAUGUGAAUGAAGUUUAUCACCUGCUAUAUAACAUGUUGAAAGAAACAACAUCAGAAAAUUACUUUCUAUCAAUUUUACAACAUUUUCUACUCAUUAGGAAUGAUUAUUACAUACGCCCUCAGUAUUACAAGAUAAUAGAAGAAUGUGUUUCACAGAUAGUAUUGCACUGCAGUGGUAUGGAUCCUGACUUCAAGUGUAGAGGAAGGUUGGAUGUAGACUUCACACAUCUUGUGGAUAGCUGUGUGGACAAAGCAAAAGUUGAAGCAAGUGAGCAAAAAGCUGCAGAUUUUUCCAAAAAGUUUGAUGAAGAAUUCACGGCUAGGCAGGAAGCCCAAGCUGAGCUUCAGAUACGAGAAGAGAAAAUCAGAGAACUUGAAGCUGAAAUCCAGCAGUUGCGAACCCAGGGUUCUGUAUCUUCAUCUGGUGUUCUUCCUCCUCCCCCUCCUCCCCCACCUCCCCCACCUCCUCCCGCUCCUCCAUUUUCACAUGGUGUCGCUUCUCCUGCCCUUCCUCCUCCACCACCACCACUACCUCCUCUUUUACCUGGAGGUUGUGGGCCACCUCCACCACCACCUCUUUCUAUGUUUGGUGGCCCACGACUUCCACCUGCUUUUGGUGGCAUUCCUCUAGUAACUACACCAGUGCUGCCUUUUGGGAUGGAACCAAAGAAGAAAUACAGCCCAGAAGUGACUAUGAAGAGAAUCAACUGGUCAAAGGUUGAACCUCAUGAAAUACAAGAACAUUGUUUUUGGGUAAAAGCUAAGGACGAAAAAUUUGAAAAUCCAGAUCUGUUUGCCAAGCUGGCACUCACUUUUGCCACACAGACAAAGGUUAAAAGGACAGUGGAUGAUGUGGAGGAAAAGAAGAUGAUAAUGCCCAAGAAAAAAGUUAAAGAGUUAAGAAUAUUGGAUGGGAAGACUGCCCAAAAUUUGUCUAUUUUCCUGGGAUCUUUCCGCAUGCCUUAUGAAGAAAUAAAGCACAUUAUAUUAGAAGUAGAUGAAGCAAAACUAAGUGAAGCAUUAAUUCAGAACUUGGUUAAGAAUCUACCUGAGCAAAAAGAACUCAGUGCCUUAGCUGAACUGAAGAAUGAAUAUGAUGAUCUUUGUGAGCCAGAACAGUUUGGGGUUGUGAUGAGCUCAGUGAAAAUGCUGCGGCCUCGUCUCAACGGAAUCCUUUUCAAGCUCACGUUUGAAGAGCACAUCAACAAUAUCAAGCCCAGCAUCAUAGCAGUCACAAUAGCUUGUGAGGAGCUGAAGAAGAGUGAAAGCUUCAGUAAGCUUUUAGAAUUUGUUCUCCUGAUUGGAAACUACAUGAAUGCUGGCUCAAGAAAUGCCCAGUCACUGGGUUUUAAUAUUAGUUUCCUUUGCAAGAUCAGAGAUACAAAAUCAUCUGAUCAAAAAACAACACUAUUGCAUUUCCUGGCUGAUCUUUGUGAGGAGAAAUAUCGGGACAUCCUAAAAUUCCCAGAUGAACUUGAACAUGUUGGAAGUGCAAGCAAAGUUUCAGCUCAAAGUCUUAAAAGCAAUCUUGAUUCCAUGGAACACCAGAUACGGCGUUUGGAAAACGAUAUUAAGAAGUUCCCCAAAACAGAAGAUCCUUAUGAUAAAUUUGUUGAAAAAAUGAUCAGCUUUGCUAAGAUUGCCAGAGAACAAUAUGAAAAGUUAUCUAACAUGCAUAACAACAUGAUCAAGCUGUAUGAAAAUUUGGGGGACUACUUCACUUUUGAUCCUAAAUCUGUGAGCAUUGAGGAAUUCUUUGGAGACCUAAGUACAUUCCGGACAUCAUUUUUGGAAGCAUUGAAGGAGAACCACAAAAGAAGAGAAAUGGAGGAGAAGUCAAAGAGAGCCAAACUUGCAAAAGAGAAAGCAGAACGUGAAAAAUUGGAGCGGCAGCGGAAGAAAAAGCAACUGAUUGACAUGAAUAAAGAAGGCGAUGAGAUGGGAGUGAUGGAUAAUCUUCUGGAAGCACUACAGUCUGGGGAAGCAUUCAGGGAUCGCAGGAAACGAAUGCCAAGGACUCAAGAUAACCGAAAAGUGACUUUGGAAAGGUCACGUUCCCGUCAGAAUGGAACUGUCCUGGCGGACAUAAAGAAGAGCUAAAAGAGGAGAAUGGCACAAUUCUGGAAAGCAACUCAAUAUGAAAAUCCAGUCAUGUGUAGACCUGAUCCAGUUGGAGUGCUCCUCAUGAAUAAUUUUAGACAAGUCCAUGUUUGAAAUCCCAUCAUGGAUCUGUAGCAUCUUAGCUACUUUUCUCCUUUGGUAUUUUUGACAUUACAAAUUUAAUUUGACAUGAGUUUGCUCAUGUUCCCAGACUAGGAACUGGUUCAGAAGACACAGUUUCCCCAGAGUGAAUAGUCCUCAUAUUUGAACCAGGUGUUCACAGUUUUUGUUGCUUCCCUGACUGCUUUUUGCUGGCAUCCUUUCCAGUAAACUGCCAAUUUUGUUUCUGCCACAACUUACUGUUUUUUUGUAAAAGCAAAGUAAUAUUCAGGACAUUAGCAACUAAAAUAAAUAACCUGAUAGGCCUUGGUUAGGCUCCGGGGUUUAAAUAAGAAAACGUGUGUGGUAUUGGCUACCAUUCUUCUCCAUGAAUCUGCAUUUUAGGGAAAAUAUAUUGGUUCCAUUUUAAUAGCAAGAAGAAAAGAAGCAAGGCAACUGAAUUUAAAUAAUACUUUGUUUAGGUAAAGUUCAUCAAAGGAAACAACAUUUCAGCAGCACUGAUUGUCAGACAUGGGUGAAGGUCCACAGUUUCCCCAAAUUGUCUGGAGAUACUGAAAUUGGUCCUAUAACAGAUCAGAAUAAAAAGUGUUAAAACUAUUUGACCCACUAAUCUCCACAUGUUUAUACCCGUAAGGUAGCUAGACUGAUAGAACUGUUUGCAAUCCUCCUAUAAAAGUUUUUUUGUUUAAUUAACGGAAACAACCCCAAAUGUCAGAAAUGGCCCCUCUACUGUUAGUCUGUCACUGCACCUCCCAUAGCAUAGCAUAGCAUAGCAGUCAAUGCUGGAAGCAUGUAUAUGUAUAUGUAUAUAUCAGUAUGUUGAAGUCACUUUUCCAUUCUACAGUGCUGCUUCCAGCAUUAUUCUAAACCUAUAUUAAUCACUAAUGCUAUUAUGAAUAGUGAAAGCCUCACUAUAACACAUGAUAUCAACACAUAAGUAGGACAUGAGGUAUUGGUAUGUAUAUUCUAAUAUAUAUAAAGCUGUGUAUGCAGCCAUAGGUAUGAAUUAUUACUAUGCUCUAAUACUCAAAAACGUUUCAUUGAACAACUGAGUAGUGUGAGAUUAGCAAGAUGCUAUCAACACAACGUUGCAUCUGGGAUCCUUAUAUUGGUUUCUGUUAAGCCCAGCAGAUGUGAAAGACCAAUUAUUUCCGGGGACAUCCUUAUAAUCAAAAAAGUUCCAUAUAUAUACAUCGGGGGGGUGGGGGGAGGGGAGAAUCCACGUCUCAUUUUGAACUGGGCUGCUUAAAUACUGCAUGGAUGUCUAAAACCAUCUUUGGGCUUCUGAGAUACUUGAUGGUUCCCACAUCUGCAUAAAUACCUCUGAAACAACAACCACAACCCAAAAAAAAUACCAGAUUCCAUUAGACACCAAUAGUUUUCUGUGACCUGGCUAUAAUCUGAGCUCUGAUUUCUCAUUAAAUAAUCUCUUUUCAAGCAAUUCCUCCACAUGCUUCUCAGGAUGCAUGACAGGAGGUAUAUUCCCCAGAUCUUUGUAUUUGCUAGUUAUGGCCAUGGAUCUUUGCACUUUAAAAAGUUUGAAGAAAGAAUUUUAAGGCUGGGAAUAUGUGCGCUGCUCAUUUUUCCAUGUUUCUCAGUGAACAGCUUUACAAGCUAUAUUUAAAUUUCAGCCUAUUAAAAAUUAACUUCUAGGUCUCAUCGAUUUCAAUACGCAUUAACCACAAAAUUGUGUGUUGGCUGGUAUUAAAUAUUUUUUUUAUAAGAAUACAUUAUAAAUAUGCACUAAAGAGCCUAAAGUAUUUCUGUCUAAUGCCAACAUUCCUUAUUUGCAAAUUAAAACUUGUUUUGAUUAUUUUGGAGAUGGGUCAACAACUGAUCUUCUAAACUUGUUUUUAAAAAAUUGCUUUUGCUUUCAAAUAUAUUGUGUAUAUUUUAUAUUUCUUAACACCUUUAUAGAUUUGGGGGUUUGGAGGGUGAUUUGUUUUUGUUUGUUUUUGUUUGUUUUAAAUGCCUAAGUAUCAAAUGUAUUUGUUUAGAAUGGAGAAUGUCUUCUGUAAUAACUAAUUUUUUAAAAAUCUAAAUGAUUAUAUUCUUUUUAAACUGUCAGUUGCUGGUGGUACACAUUAAAAAUAUAACAAUGCUGUUAUUGAGCACAUUAAAAUCAGUCUGUUUUAUUUCAAA